GCGCUUGUCUCACCGAGCUGACCGAACUUUGUGCACCGACACGAACCGUCGCUGUUUGUUCGUUGUUCUUCGUGUUUUUCGCGGUUUGUUUUCGACGCUUUGUUUAAACUUCGCCGCGGUGGAGACCUGUGUGUCCGCCCGGACAUGACGCUCCACUGACGGACACGGAGCCGAGCUGCAGCCGCCGGCCGGACAGAAGAUGGAGCGGAUCGUGGGGAUCGUGGUGUUGGUUUUGCGGAGUGUGGCGGUGAGCGGUGGUUCCGCCUCAGGCGUGGCAUUCACGAAGCAUCCGUCCAAUCAAACGCUGUCUCAGGGAAACUGGGCUCGUCUGGUCUGUGCGGUUCAGGGUCUGAAGGAGCCGGAGAUCGUGUGGAUGAAGGACGGAGAGAAGCUGUACAGCACAGACCAGAUGUUCAUCACGCUGGGGGAGGAGCACUGGGAGACCUUCUACAGUGUGAAGUCGGUCCAGCAGCAGGAUGCGGGUCAGUACUGGUGUGAGGUGGAGUUUGAGGGUGAGACGUUGGCGGCGUCAGAACGGGCCUGGAUCACGGUGGAAGGUGUCCCUCAUUUCCUGUUGGAACCACCGGACGUGGCCACGUUCCCUAACGAGCCGUUCGACCUGACGUGUGCGGCGGUGGGACCGCCCGAACCUGUGCAGGUGCUGUGGUGGGUGGGCGGAGUCCAAGAGGGAGAGGCCCGCCCAUCACCUUCUGUCCUCCACAUUCAAGGAGUCAACAACAGCAUCAAGUUUUACUGUGAAGCAAAGAACUCCAGAGGAAUCUCUGUGUCCAGGACCGGGACGGUCCACAUUAAAGUGUUGCCGGCAGCUCCCGUUGAGCUCCAGGUCUUGAGGAUGGUGGACAACAACAUCACGUUGUCAUGGAAACCGGGAUUCACGGGUCACUCUGAGCUGGCGGUCUGCAUCGUCCAGGUGAUGUGGCGACGCUCCGCCCUCAGGUGGGAGGUCCUCCCUCAGCAGGAGGUUCCGGUUCCUCCUCACCUGGUAGUUCUGUCGGGUCUGAGGAGUCACUGUAACCACAGUGUCAGAGUGUCAUGUGUCAACCAGGUGGGGGCGUCGCCCUUCUGCCCCUGGCUGCACUUCCUCACACCUGAGUCAGUUCCCUUAGCUGCCCCCAGGAACCUGACCUUUGACCUGUCAGAGCAGCACCUGCACCUGAACUGGGAGGAGCUUCAGGAGGAGGAGCUUCAGGGGAAGCUUCUCGCCUACAAGCUGCAGUGGACUCUGGGAGGAAAAGCUCAGGAGCCUCUGCUCUUUAAGCAGAACCGGGCCCAGCUGUCUGGAUCAGGACGCUUCUUUAACGCCUCCUUCCAGGUGUCGGGCUGCACCUCAGUGGGCUGUGGACCCUGGAGCCGCCCAGUUCUGGUUCUGCCCGCCUCAGUCCAGGUCCAGGUCCAGCGGAGCCACAUGUGGGUCGGGGUGCUGCUCGGUCUGCUGGUGGCAACGGUCAUCGCUCUGCUGCUCAGGGGCGUCGCUCGCCGCCACGGGAAAGAGGCGUGGUUUAGCUGGGUCUUCCAGUCACAGAGUCCAGACUCGUCCGUGUCCUUCACCGCAGCUCGUUCCUUCAGUAGAACGUGUGCAGAGCUGCACGAGUCCACAUUGGACAGUCUCAGCAUCAACACUGAGCUGAAGAACAAACUGCAGGACGUCCUGAUCCCAGAGAGACGGAUCACACUGGGACACAUCCUGGGGAAAGGUGAGUUUGGUUCAGUGCGUGAGGCCGUCCUGAAAACUGACGACACCAGGGUCCAGAGAGUGGCCGUCAAAGUCCUGAGAUCUGAUAUCACCUCAUCAGCUGACAUCGAGCAGUGUCUAAAGGAGGCGGCGUACAUGAAAGACUUCCACCACCCCAAUGUUAUCCAGCUGAUCGGAGUGAGUCUUCACCAGCGUCCCGGUCAGCGUCUGCCAAUCCCAAUGGUCAUUCUUCCGUUCAUGAAACAUGGCGACCUGCAUACCUUUCUGCUGAUGUCACGACUGGGGGAGGAGCCAUUUGACCUCCCUCUGCAGACCCUGGUUCAGUUCAUGUUAGAUGUUUCUCGUGGGAUGGAAUAUCUGAGUAACAGAAACAUCAUCCACAGAGACUUAGCUGCUCGCAACUGCAUGCUGGAUGAGAACAUGUGUGUGUGUGUUGCAGACUUUGGUCUCUCUAAGAAAAUCUACAGUGGAGAUUAUUACAGACAAGGCUCCGCCUCCAAACUUCCCGUGAAGUGGAUCGCUCUGGAGAGUCUGGCUGACAACGUCUACACAACACACACCGACGUGUGGGCGUUUGGCGUCACCAUGUGGGAGGUCAUGACCCGGGGUCAGACUCCGUACCCCGGUAUAGAAAACUGUGAAAUCUACGAGUUUUUGAUUAAAGGAGAGCGACUCAAGAAACCUGCAGACUGUGGAGACCACAUUUAUGACAUCAUGCACAGCUGCUGGAGUCCCGUCCCCAAGUGUCGUCCCACCUUCCAUCAGCUGGUCGUCCAGCUGGAGGCGCUGUUGCUCAGCCUGUCCCCGCCCCCUCCUCAGAAAGAGCCUCUCCUCUACGUGAACCUGGAGGGGGAGGAGCUGACGGGAGGAGGAGGAGAGGAGGCGGGGGCAUCCAGCUGGAGCACCACCUGGCAGCAGCGAGGACCAGGCGAGGACAAGGACUGGCUGAUGGUGGCGUCGGGGGCGGAGCUUGCCAUCAGCGGAGACUACAGAUACAUCAUUGGCCUACAUGGAGGCCCCGAGCAGGAAGGGGGUGUAGAGAGAAGGGAGGAGGAGUCAGUGAGGGACGAGGACGACGUCGUCAUAAAUGUCUAACCAAUCACUGCUCUGCCCUCUCCUGAUUGGACUGGAGACACAGAGAGAGUGGCAAGUGGGUGGAGACUCAGGCAACUGACACUAACACACUAUGAUGCAUUCUCUGACCCCGCCCCCCGAAGGUUUGAUAACCAUGCAAGAAACGGACCAGUGGCAGCGGUGCCUGUCGUCAUGGUGACCAACAACCAAUGAGGAGUUAGAUCAUGACUCAAUUUGAACAUGAUGACAUCAGAGCGAGGUCAUCACACUGACAUGAACAAGUGAACGUUCAUGUCAUCACGUGACGUCCUGCAGUUCUAAACUGGACUGAUCUGGAUCUCCAGAACCACAGUGUUCUGACAGCAGCACCCUCUGGUGGUGCUGGAGGCCUCAGGUCACAUGAACAAAACAGCUGAUCACACUGAUCAAUUAUUCAUCAAUGAUGUCAUUGAUCAGAAAUAAUCACUCAUUUAAAAACAGCACCGCUGAGCUCCGAUUGGUCAGAUUAAAUGAGACUAAGGGGGCGGGGCUGUUUUAUUUCCAACUGAUGCUGAUUAACUUUUAUUAACUUGAAAAACCUGGAGCGGAGUGAACCAGUCUGAAGAGGACUGGACUUAAAUAAUACAGAUUUGUAGUGGACUGAAGCGAGACUGGAUUAGGACUGGUCUGAACUGACAUGGACUAGUCUUUUCAAAAGAACAUUUUCAUGCGUUUUGUUUCUAAUCAUUAUUUUUAUUGAUCAUUGUUGUCAUUUACACUGUAAACUCACCUGAUGUCUGCGCCGCUCGGCAUCAUGGGAAAUCAAGGGACAGUUUUUUUUCUCUGUUUGCCGAUCAAUAAACGUGUUCUUAUCACA